AUGUAUCGAUAUGUACUACGAUCGUUGUUACAUGCGUGCGAUUUCAACUGUCCUACUGGGAAAUGGGGUAAAUCUUGCGAGAGGGACUGCAUGUGCCAGAAUGGAGCCACCUGCGACCCCUUCGAUGGCAAAUGUCAGUGCACCAGAGGUUGGACUGGCGACCACUGCGAUCAGAAAUGCUCUCCAGACCGUUAUGGAUUAGAGUGCGGCGAAGAGUGCCGCUGCAGGAAUGGUGGAAGCUGCCAUCACAUUUCUGGCGAGUGCCAUUGUGCUCCUGGCUACACGGGACCUCUUUGCGACGAUUUAUGCCCGCUUGGGAAACACGGCGACGAAUGCAAGUCGGAAUGUAAAUGCCAGAAUGGUGGUUACUGUAAUCCUACCACUGGCGAUUGCUACUGCACCUCUGGAUGGAUUGGUUCAGUCUGUGCGAAUCGUUGCCCGGAAGGUUUCUGGGGGAAAAAUUGCUCUCAAGUCUGUGACUGCUACAAUGGAGGUGGUUGUCAUCACGUUACAGGAGAAUGUGAAUGUAAGCCUGGAUACUACGGUGACAAGUGUUUAAAUAUAUGUCCUGACGGAAAGUUUGGUUUGAACUGCACCAACAACUGCACCUGCGAAAAUGAAGCAAAGUGUUCUGCAAUUGAUGGUAGUUGCUCGUGUAGUCCUGGCUGGAAAGGUGAAAACUGCAAUGAACGUAUUUGCGAUGACGAACAUUGGGGCUCCAAAUGUGAGGUUUGCGACUGCGACAGCGAGAAUACAGAACUGUGCCAUCCUUGGACUGGGAAGUGCAUCUGUAAGACUGGAUGGGAUGGCGACACUUGCGCUAGGCCUUGUCCAUUCUACACCUACGGCAAGGGCUGCCAGAAUCGUUGUAACUGCAAGAAUAAUGCGCAAUGCUCGCCUGUAAAUGGAACUUGUAUUUGCGCGGCAGGAUACAGAGGUGAGGAUUGUAGCGAAGUAUGUCCUGAGAACACUUUCGGCGAGAAUUGUGAACAGAAAUGUGUCUGCAAGAAUGGUGCCCCUUGCUCACCCGAGAACGGACGGUGCAACUGUACAGCAGGAUGGGUUGGUGUUUCGUGUAAUCGUCCCUGCGACGACAAGUCAUUCGGCAAGGACUGCGAGGGCAAAUGCAAAUGCUUUAACAAUGCUGCCUGUAAUCCGCAAAAUGGCACAUGCACGUGUGCAGCUGGCUUCACCGGCGAAUUUUGCGAGGAUCAUUGCAAAAAUGGAUCUUUCGGGCAGGGAUGCGCUCAAGUCUGUGAUUGCCAUAAGGAAAAUAGUCUGAACUGUGAUCCUGCCACAGGCCGUUGCAUCUGUAAGCCAGAAUGGCGAGGCAUCCGCUGUGAGACCAAGUGUCCAGAAGGUCUUUAUGGCAAAGACUGUCAUUCGCACUGUGAGUGCAUGAACAAUAGUUCAUGCGAUCCAGAAACAGGCACUUGUAUUUGCGCCAGAGGCUGGGAAGGAUCCGAUUGUUCUCAACCCUGCAAAGAGGGCUGGUAUGGCGUGAGCUGUAAGGAAAAGUGUCCAAAGAAAAUGCAAGGUAACAUGAGCUGUGAUCACGUCACUGGUGAAUACGUUUGCCGUCCAGGAUACUUGGGCUUAACUUGCGAACAUCCUUGUCCCCCCAAUCGGUAUGGACUGAAUUGCGCUAAUCAUUGUCGUUGCAAAAAUGGUGGAGAAUGCCAUCAUGUAACAGGUAUAUGCCAGUGUCGACCAGGUUGGCAAGGUGAACACUGUCAAACACCAUGUGCAGAGGGAACGUAUGGCAUUAAUUGCACUCAACACUGUACGUGCCAACAUGGGGGUAAAUGCAGAUCUAACGAUGGACACUGUCGUUGUGCACCUGGUUGGACUGGCACCAAGUGUACAGAGAUCUGCCCGGAAGGAUAUUAUGGCGAUCACUGUAUGGAACCUUGUGAUUGCAAGAAUGACUUGUUUAUGUGUCACCCUGGCGAUGGUUGCAUUUGUAGACACGGAUACGGGGGUCCAAAUUGCGACGUAGAAUUAUUUUCACGUAAUUAUCAAGCGAAAGAUGAAGGCGGAUAUGGAAGCAUAGUUGCAGGAUUCUUUUUCGCUGCUGUCGUUGUCAUCGCUAUGAUUUUAGCCGGUUGGAUAUAUUAUCGACGCAGAGUAGCCGAUCUGAAGAAUGAAAUCGCGCAAGUGCAAUAUAUCGCCGACCCUCCAUCUCCUCCGGAACAAACACAGUUCGAUAACCCUGUGUACGCGUAUCAGGGUUCCUUGAAGUUUGACGAUGGAACAACCACUUUGUUGAACAAUUUCCAAUUUAGAAAUAAUCUCGGAGCAAGCAAGAAAAUAAAUAACGAGACAGCAAAACUCGGAUUAGGCAUGGACGACGAUGAUGAUUGCAAAGAAUCAUACAGUCGAUACGACCUCAAGAACAAAAAUGCUGAUAUGGGAAAUCCAAAUCUCAACGUGUAUCACAGUAUCGAUGAAAUGGACGGGAAAAAGAUUGAGCACGUUUACGAUGAAAUAAAACAAAACAACGACGAAUCAGAAUAUGAUCAGUUGGAUAAUCCAAGGCCCGUCAGUGGUUAUAAUCAGUAUACUCGAAUGCCCAAUGGUAUCUGUUCGAACUCCGAUACUGCAGGGCCUAGCAAGAUAAAGGAUAAGGAUAUAGAGCGUGGAGAAACUUAAAAUUUAUUCAUUACUCGCGAAUGCAGGUUAAAUCAUACAAUCUUUACUUUCAAAUAUGUGUAUUUUUAAUGUGAUCUGAAAAAGCAAAAUCAGAUCAAAAGCUUAAUGCUUCUGAUCCCUAAUAUAUUGACUCUUGUCGUUUAUCAUUUCAAAGACAGUUUUCACGUGCUGUUAGUUGUGAGCUCUGAGGAAAUAUGUUAAAAAUUGAAACAUUUCCAGUAAGAAUAUAAAUGUACUCCAGUUGCUCAGUAUGCGCAUGUAUAUAAUUGAACAGUACGACGUGAAUGGUUAAAUGAAUAUUUUAUUUAUAAAAUCAUAACAUUCGUAGCAAUCGUUCACCUUCAGCGUUUUGGACUGUCUGUUAUGUUAGGCGACAUUUAGUGAUGUCUGAUGCAAUAUUAUUACAUUGAAUAGUUAGUAUAAAAUAAGUGGUAUAAUCGGCCUUUCAAAAGUUUAUUCGGAAGAAAUUGAAAUGUUUAUUCGUUACUAUAAUCGUUUAUAACUGAAGUUAAAAAUUAAGAGAUCCAUAGUACAAUGAUGUGAUAGAAUUACGCAACAAAAAUUUGCGAUGUUUAUAAAAAUUGUACAAAACUUACGAGUGGCAAAUUUUAAACGUUUGCGUGAGAAUGUGAUUGCAAACUUUUGCAUACGAGGAUGCUUUGGAAGUUUGAAAGUGAUACACAUUACGAAAUUUUAUAUAAUCAUUUCAUACAUAGUAGAUACAUCAAUCGAGUUUAGAAUACUUAUCGUUAAAUCUUUAAUCAACUCCUUUUACGCAUAUCAACGAUUAAGUUUCUUCUUCGAGUCUCUUGUAAGUAAAUCGACAAACGUAUAAAAUCGUUGUGUGAGUUUGUUUAAGCUUAAUAAGAGACCGAUCUUACGAUCUCAAAGUAAGCAUAUGAUUCGAAUAACAUCUUACCAUUAAAGUCUCAUAUUACUUCUUGUAUUUUAUAGAAUUUUAGAGAAAUUAUUAUGCAAUACUCAUACAUAUUCAUCGCGUAUAAGAAUGAUAAAAUUGUUAUUAUUUUGAAAACAAUCUAUUCCAUGUAUAUGCAAUAUAUUUUUAAGCAA